GCCCGGCCUCGCGCUCCGGCCUCGGCGCCGCCGCCUCAGCGCGCCCGCGCUUCCGCUUCCCUUCCCCCCCCCGCCCCGCGGCCCCUUCCCCCCCCCUUCCCCACACACCGGCCCCGCCAUGGACGUGAAGCGGCUGAAGGUGACCGAGCUGCGGGCCGAGCUGGGCCGGCGCGGCCUGGACGCCCGCGGGCUGAAGGUGGAGCUGGCGCAGCGGCUGCAGGAGGCCCUGGACGCCGAGAUGUUGGCGGCGGGGCCCGAGGAAGGCGGCGGCGGCGGCGGCGGGGGAGGCCCGGCCGCGGCCGCCUCGAGCUGCGCAGGGGAAGCGGGGCCGGCGGGAGGCCCGGGCGGGCGGCCCCACGGAGGGGAUGAGGAAGAGGAGGAGGAAGAGGAGGAGGAGGAGGAGGAAGAGCAGGAGGAGGAGGACGAGGAAGCGCUGCUCGCCGAUGAGGACGAAGCGGCUGCCGCGGCCCCCGAGGCGGCCCCGGCCCAGCCCGGCCCCCCCGGGGAGGAGGAGGAGGAGGAGGAGGAAGAAGAGGAGGCGGCCCCGGCCGAGCCCGCGGGGUCGGAGCCGCUGCAGCCGCCGCAGGAGGAGGGAGCGGCGGCCGCGGCCGAGGCUGAGGCGGCCGAGGGAGGAGGAGGAGGAGGAGGAGGCGGCGGCGUGAACGGGGCCGAGCGGCCGCCGGAGGAAGCGCCCAGCGGGGAUGAAGCGGCCGCGGCUGAGGCCAAGGAGGAGGAGGCGGCUGCGGGGGAGGAGGAGGACAAGGCCAAGGGCGAGGCCGAGCGCCGGGGCUGAAGCGGCUCCGGGACGAGAAGGACGAGCACGGCCGGGCCUGGCACGAGUUCCGUGAGGAGGCCUACAACAGCCGGUGGGCAACUGGGAUGGACUGGGAU